CCGACGUCUUCCUCCUCCUUCCUGACCUCCUCCUUAUUUCAUCUCCCAUCAAAUCUCUCUCUCUCUCUCUCUCUCUCUCUCUCUCUCUCUCUCUCUCUCACCGCGUCUCACUUUCUCUCUCUAUGAUUCAAACCCUAAAAUUCAAUUUCUCUCCAAAUUCACUCAACAAUGCUGCAGCUCCUUUGCUGAUCUUCUGCUAAAAACCUGACAAUUCUUCGGAUUUUCGCGCUUCCUGUGAGUUAUUUUCGACUUAACAGCUUCGCAUUGCAGUUUUUGAUUGAUUCUGAGAUUUUUUUUUGUUAAAUUCGUAAUUGUUGAUUUGCGUCGUUUUACCGAGGAUCUGUGGUUGAAUUUACGUCGUUUGUGAAUUUUGAUUGAGUUUUUUUUUGGUGAUCUGGUUGUGAUCUGAUCGUAAUCUUACCUGAUUUUUUUUUACGAAUUGAAUAAAUCUUUUUGUGUGGGAGUUAGUUUUGUUUGUGUGAAUUUUUGCUGCAAUGACUGUUGAUACCGCGGGUAAGAUUGAGGGAGAGAAGUGCGGAUUGGAUGUGAUGAGUUCGUCGUGUGAGGAUCUGCCUCCAACGAGUGUCGGUGAUGGUGUUUGUGAGUGUAAUGGCGAUAGCAAGGAUGAUUAUGUCUUUGUUAAUGGCAGCGAUACCGCCUCAGAUGAUCAUGUCGUAGUUGAGGGUAAUGGGGAGCUGAUUGUGUCUGAACCGAAUGCUGAUUUUGAGGGGAAAGUGGAAGGUGAUGUUAACGGAGGUGAUCAAUUGGAAAAUUGUGAAGUUACCAAGGGUAAAUUAGAUAACGUAGUUGAGGUAAAUGGCGGAGAAUCAAAGCUUGAAAAUGGGAUCGUUGUGGAAGAGGAGAGAGAUAUUAAUGUAGAUGUUGCAGAGUUGGAAGAAGAGAUCAAGGCAGAGAUUGGGGGUAUAGUUGAGAGUGGUGAUAGUAAUGAUACCGAUAGUAAGGUUGAUGUUAGGGUUAGGGAUUUAGAGGUUGUGGAAGAGAGAGAUCCAAAGUCUGCUGUUGAUGAGGUUAAGUAUGAGGAAUCAGGGGUUGAGAAAGAAGAUGAUUGCAAUGCAUUGCCUUCAUUAGAUGAUGAUGAUAAACCAAAUAUUUUGCCGGAUAUAGAUAGUGGUACUGAUAUGGUGCCAAAUGGGACUACAGUCGUAGAGGCUGAGCCUCAGGUACCUCAUGCUGGAAUUGAGGAGCAACUGCACCUUGAGCAAUCUGUGGAGCAUGAGAAUCAUGUCAAAGAACCUGAGAAUCAUGUCAAAGAACCUGAGAAACUGGAGGAUGAGGUAAGGGAUUCAGAGGUGGUUGAGGAUAAUGUUAGUCCUCACAUGGAGGAAGUCGCAGAAUCUGAUCCAGUGGAUGGUAUCAUAUCGGAAACAAAACCUGUUGAGGAAGAUGUUGUACAUCAGUCUCAUCCUCAAGAGGACAGUGUUGUAGAUAUACAGCUACCUAAUGGUGAUGUUAAGGCCCCAGAUAGUGAGGUUGCGGAAUUGUUGCUGGAUGGUGCCAUCACCGAGAAGCAGUCAGCAGACUGUCAGCAGCAAGAUUUGCAACCUAUUGACAGUAAAGAACUAGAUCUAGUUGAAAAAGAGGUUGAGGUUGAGGUUGAGGUUAAGAAGCAAGGUGAUUUAGAUGCACCUGGGAUGAGUGAAAGUCAGGUCCUUAACUCUGUGGGUUCAGAGGCUGUUGCAUGUGAGCAGCAGAGGAGUGAUGAGAGUGAAUACAAGGAUCAAGUUGCUUCAGACUUGACCACAGAAUCAGAAGAAUGUCAGGAUUCACAAACUGGUACUGAUCUAUCUGCAGGAGCAGCUGCCUCAGAGGUGGAUGGUACAGUACUGAACAGUUCUAGUCAAUGUGAUGAAACCAAAAUAGAACUUUCGCCAGAAGUCAAUGGGAAUCUUGAAGCUUCAACAGUGGAUGUGCAUUCUGAAAAGUCUGAUGAGCCUGUAGUUGACCAUGAGCAGGAUAGGGUCCAUGGAGAAGGAAAAGAACUGUUGAUUGCUCAAGAGGAAGGAAGCUUAGAAUCUUCAGUUCAAGAGGUUUCUUUUCAAGAAGAGGUAGCAGAAAAUACUGGAUUGGUGGAUGUAAUUGACAAGGAAGUCCCUUCAGAAGAUCUUAGCUUUGGAAAUACCAUAAAUGCUGUGGAAGCAACCAACCCGUCAGAACCAGAACCUUCCAACGAGGAAGCUGUAGACAAGGAAAGCAAAGAUCUGGAUGGUAGUCAUGUUGGAGAUGGUGUGUCAGGAAAUGAAGUUAAUGUUUCUGAGUCUUCCCAUGAUUCGGGAAGUUGUUUGAGAUCUGAAAAUGAGGAGUUAACUGUACCCGUUGCUAGUGAGGUGGACUUGCCUGCUCCUUGUGACUCCGGCAUAACAGAAGAACAAGGAAUCGUCGAUGAUGGCUCUUAUGCUGGUGAUAACUGCAUUAACCGCUCCGGUGAUGGCGAUGAGUCUAGUUCCCAGCCCAAAUUAGAAAACAGCACUGAUGCAAACAUUGCUAAUGGUACCGAAUUGGAAGUUGAACCUGUGAAUGGUGAGGUUGAUGUGGCAGGCGAGACUAACUGUGAUUCUGAGGACACUUCGAAACCUAAGAUCAGUUUUGGUUCCUUUGAAUGCACUUCACCUUUCUCACACCCUGAUAAUACUAAUACUCACACUGACGUAUUGAAUAGAUCAACUGAACUGAUUACCGACCAAUCAGAAGUUGUUGGUGAAAGUUCCGAGGCCAGUGUGGUGAAUCCAGAGCAGGUUAAUAUUGAUCAGGUUUCGGCAUCUCCUCUCCAAGAAUCUGGAGCUGAUUCUUCGGAUGGACAAAAUAUCAAUCCUGAUUUGGUUAGGAGGCCAUUUUACUACUUGAUCAGGCUCCCGAGAUUUGAUGAUGUGAAGCUCAGUGAGCAGAUUAGACUUAGUGAGAAGGAAAUUGAAGAAAAGACACGAAAUAGAGAUGCUGUUCGGAUUGAAUAUCAGAAGAGAAAGGCCAUCUAUUGGGAAUUUAAAACAACUUUUGAAGCCGCUAGACUUGAAGAGAGAGCUGCACAUAAGUUGAUUAUUGCCAAAAGGCGGGAAAUAGACUCUGCUCAGUCUUUGAUUAACCUUGCAAGGAAUGCAAUUACAGUUGAAGAUGUUGAUAGUCAGAUACUUAGUAUGGAACGCAAAAUACAACAUGAAACCAUGGCUUUGGCUGAAGAAAAAAGGUUGGUUCGGGAAAUAAAGCAGUUGAACCAGCAGCGUGAACAACUCGCUGCUGAUUCUCGGAGGCAGCAGGAAUUACAUCAGGCUCUGGACCGCAGAGUUGAAACAGAGGAACAGUUGAAGGUCUUGAAGAAAGAAUUGGAUGCUCUCAGAGACAGCCAUGCCAAAUUCGAAGAAAGUUUCAGAGCUGCUAAGAAGAAACACGAUGCAGAAAAUGCCUUGCUAAAUGAGUUAAAAGACCAAUUCAUAUCUGUUGAUAACGUUCGACAAAAAGCAUAUGUACAUUUCCAGACCCUAAAGAAACAAGCAUUUGAAAAGAACAAGCUUUUCUACAAUUACAAGGAUGAUGCCAAAGCAGCACAUGAAUAUGCAGUUUCUGGUGAAAAGGAGAGUCUCGAACAACAUUGUGUAAACCAGGUGGAGAAGUUCAUGGAACUAUGGAAUAAAAAUGACGAGUUCCGUAAGGAUUAUGUUAGAUGCAACAUGAGGAGUACAUUGAGGAGAUUGAGAACACAGGAUGGCCGAGCCCUCGGCCCUGAUGAAGAGCCCCCGUCAUUAGGAAAUUUCCCUAAUGAUAGAAUAAAUACCGUAGCCAAGCUCAGUUCUGUUGGGACAGUUUCAACCUUAGAAAGAGAUUUUCCAGUAAUAGCGAAAACUGUUGAAGUUGAAUCAUCAAAGAAAGUAAUUGAACAGAAGAAUAAUAAUAAGACAGUCCUUUCCAAAAAGGGGGUUGAAACUAUAUCCAAAAAUAGCUUAGCAGAACCUUCUGGAAGAAUGGAGAUAGAAGAAAAGGAAGAAGAAGAGCCCAAACAGACGAAAGAGGAAGAAGAGUUGGCGAGGAAAGCGGAGGAAAAAAGAAAAGAAGAAGAGGCUGCCCGAUUGAGGGAGCAGCGCAGAAUAGAGGAGAAAGCUAAAGCUCAAGAAGCACUGGAGAGAAAAAGAAAAAUGGCAGAGAAAGCCCAAGCGAGGGCUGAGUUUAAAGCCCGAAAGGAAGCUGAAGAAAAGCAGAAGGAGAAGGAGAAGAGAGCAAAGAAGAAAGGAAAGAAGAAGGGAUCAUCAGAAACUGCUGAAACUGAACCUGCUGAACUGCCAGAAUCCUUAUCCGAGACAGUACGGGAGCUUGAAGUUACAGAAAAGCCCGUAACAACAGUGAAGAAGUCCCAUAAACCCGCGUUAUACACGAAGCAGGUAAAGACGACUAAAUCAAUCUCUUCUCUCCCUGCUCCUCUCCGAAACCGAGGUAAGAGAAGGAUACCACAAUGGGCAUGGUGGUUAGUGGUAGCAAUAUUGGCUGUUGCUCUUAUAUUCCCUUUAGGGAACAUAGACAUUAUUGGGUUUAUUAAGGUCUUAGCUGCUGGGUCAUCUCAUUAGUUAAAAUUAUUAUAAAGUUAUAAACAUAGGUUUGAGAUUAUUUUUUAUAAAAAUAUAUUCAAUUCUUGUUUAUUUUUCUGGGUUUCUUCACCUUCACUCAUUGCCAGUUUGUAUACUUGACCUUUAGAUUGUUUGAUGAGAUUGUGAUGGGGAACGGAAUUAUUAUACCAUAUAGUAUUGUAUUGCAUCUACUCUUUAUAAGUUAAUAAAUUUAAUUCAGUGAUUUAUCUGAAAUUGUUUUGGA